CCUCCUCUAUGAGUCGAGUAUUUGCUACAGUAGAAGAACAUUAUUAUUCGCUUCGACAGCAAGAAUUAGACCGAAUCGUUCAGCGAGUGCGGCAUGUUUUCCAUCGCCUAUCAAGAACCCUGACUGAAUUAUAAUCGACUCUCUCCCCCCUCCUGCUCCACCGCGUUAUCCACCGGCGCGUUUCUGUUUCCCCAGGCCCUAACUAGUUCGUUCACGGACGAAAAGAUUAAUCUCCCCAUCUCCCCCCCCCCCUCGGCCCCCUCUUCUUAUUACCUAGUGACUCUCUUUGACCUUCUUCUCCCUCCUCUCCGUCUUUCCCUCCUUUGAAAACCCUACCUUUGUAUUCCCUCCCGUUGGGCAUCGUGAUCCUCGCCUAAUUCUGCCCUCGUGUCGGCCCGCGCCAAUUGAGUUGUCUCUCGUCCGCCCGAUUUUCCCGCUCCCCUUUCCGUGCCCUGCGAACGAAACCCUCUGCCGACCAACCACUUCUGCUCUCGUUCUCCCUACUGGGUGUGCGCCUUACCGUCGCUACGCUGGGGAUACAUUCGAGACUGCCGCGAAACGACUUUCCCAACCAUCGCAGUUCUCCCUGCGGUGUAGUCGACUUCGCCCUUUGAUCUCCCCCUCGUCCCCCAAUCGGCACGUCGCCCGAUCCCACAAUGUCCGUAGCGACCAUGCUUCAACCAGCAUCGAGAAUCUCCCGGGCCUCCUCGUCCUCCUCGUCCUCGUUUCAGCCCGUCGCACGACAGAACACCAUGUCGUCGCACGAUACCAGGUCCAUCCGCCAAUCCAAGCGGAUGUCGGUCACCGCUCUCUACUUGUCAAUGUCCGCAAAGGACCGAGAUUUGGAAAUUUCCGAUGACCUGGCACGAGCCCAGAAAUAUCUUCGCGAGCUCAAGACCAAGAUUUCGUCGCAGUCGAAGAAGAACUUCGUCUUGGAGAAGGACGUUCGAUACCUAGAUUCGCGGAUUGCGCUGCUGAUUCAGAACCGAAUGGCGCUGGAAGAGCAAAACGAAGUCGCGAGCCACCUGGAUGACACGGCCGAUCCGCAAGAAGGAUUCUUCCCCAAUGACGAACGAACCCAGAAAUACGGCAACCUCCUCUUCCUGCUACAGUCCGAACCUCGUCACAUCGCCCACCUGUGCCGCCUGGUCUCCAUGGCCGAGAUUGAUUCCCUUCUCCAGACCGUCAUGUUCACCAUUUACGGAAACCAGUACGAGAGUCGUGAAGAGCACCUGCUCCUCACCAUGUUCCAGUCCGUCCUUACCUACCAGUUUGACAACACCCCCGAGUACUCUUCCCUCCUGCGCCAGAACACCCCGGUCUCCCGUAUGAUGACUACGUACACUCGUCGUGGUCCCGGUCAGAGCUACCUCAAGCAAGUCCUCGCCGAUCGCAUCAAUUCGUUGAUUGAGUUGCGCGACGUCGAUCUGGAGAUCAACCCGUUGAAGGUAUACGAGAGCAUGGUCAAGCAGAUCGAGGAGGAAACUGGCUCACUUCCGGACUAUCUGGCCCGGUCCGUGACCGCCGAGGAUGCCGCCGACAACAAGCAGGUGCAGGCCAUUAUUGCCCCCCGCCUGAAGAUGUUGACCGAUAUCGCCAAUGGGUUCUUGACCACCAUUAUCGAGUCGGUGGACGAGGCCCCGUACGGUAUUCGAUGGAUUUGCAAGCAGAUUCGCAGUCUGUCCCGCCGCAAGUACCCCGAUGCCCAAGAUCAGACGAUCUGCACUCUGAUCGGCGGUUUCUUCUUCCUCCGCUUCAUCAACCCCGCCAUUGUCACUCCUCGCUCCUACAUGCUGAUCGAUGCCACUCCCACCGAUAAGCCUCGCCGGACCCUGACUCUGAUUGCCAAGAUGCUUCAGAACUUGGCCAACAAGCCCUCCUACGCCAAGGAGCCUUACAUGGCCAGUCUGCAGCCUUUCAUUGAGGAGAACAAGGAGCGAGUGAACAAGUUCCUCCUCGACCUGUGCGAAGUUCAGGACUUUUACGAGAGUCUAGAGAUGGACAACUACGUGGCUCUGUCGAAGCGUGAUCUCGAGCUCCAGAUCACUCUCAACGAGAUGUAUGCUACCCACGCUCUUUUGGAGAAGCACAGCCUGGCCCUCGCCCAGGACCACAACUCUCAUCUCUCCCUGCUCCUGCAAGAGCUCGGUGCUGCCCCGCCUCAGGUCCCCCGCAAGGAGAACCGUACCAUCACCGUUCCCCUGUUCAGCCGAUGGGAGACUGCUCUGGAUGAUUUGACAGCUGCGCUGGACAUCACUCAGGAAGAAGUAUUCUUCAUGGAGGCCAAGUCGACAUUCGUUCAGAUUCUUCGUUCGCUGCCUCCCAACUCCUCGGUCGCUCGCCGCCCCUUGCGCCUGGAUCGUAUCGCCGAAGCGGCUGCCACUCUCAAGAACGACGCCGUGAUGGUGCGGAAGGGUAUUCGCACUAUGGAGCUGUUGAGUCAACUGCAGGAUAUGGGUGUGAUUGAUCGCUCCGAUGAGUUCAGUCUACUCCGGGACGAAGUCGAACAGGAACUCGUGCAUCUCGGCUCUCUCAAGCACCACGUACUCGAGGAGACCGGGAAACUCGAGGAGGUGUUUGCAACCAUCCGGGACCAUAACGCUUACCUGGUCGGUCAGCUGGAGACUUACAAGUCGUAUCUCCACAACGUGCGCAGCCAGUCCGAGGGCAAGUCGCGAAAACAGCAGAAGCAUCAAGAACUGGGACCCUACAAGUUUACACACCAGCAGUUGGAGAAGGAAGGUGUCAUUCGGCGGAGUAAUGUGCCGGAAAACCGCCGGGCCAACAUUUACUUCAUGUUCAAAAGUCCACUGCCUGGCACCUUUGUCAUCAGUCUUCAUUACAAGGGCCGCGCCCGUGGAUUGUUGGAGCUUGAUCUCAAGCUCGACGACCUACUCGAGAUGCAAAAGGAUAACCUGGAGGACCUUGACCUGGAGUACGUCCAGUUCAACGUCACCAAGGUGCUCGCCCUUUUGAACAAACGAUUUGCACGCAAGAAGGGGUGGUAAAGUGUAGACAGGGUUUGCAUACCCUCGCCUUACUGUCCACGAAACUCCCCCCCCUUAUGAUUGAUGAGAUCGAGCACGAAGGAGCAGCAGCAUUACUGUAUCUUGAACCUCCUCCGUGACUUGGAUAAGGUGGGCCUGACUCUGUGCCACCUAAUACUCUUUUGAUGAUCUUGAUGGACACGGAAAUGUCCGUAAUAUACAUAUACCCGUCCGUCCUCGGCCUCACAGAACGAUGGACUGGACUGAUGCACUUGCCAUGACUUGAUUGCGCCCGUCUACUGGCUCGGAUCUAUACCCUUCCAUCGAUGAGCUGGGCAUGAGUGGCGCGUGUGUCUCGUGAUGCACGAACAUAGCUGAUGGAGGAUGAUCACCGUGGGAACCCGCUGGCUCGGGGACCUCCCAGUGAUUGUUGAAUUGAUCGGAAUGAUCGAAUGAUUGCAGAAUUUCAUAUCUGCUUAUUAUUUUCCUUUGUGUGUCUUCUUGUGGUGGAUUUUUUGGUGGCAAGUUAUACCCAGCGCAUAGUUCUUGUUCUUGAUUUUUUUUUUUCCUUGGCUCCAUUGGCUCUGCUUUUGUUUUGUUACAUCGUCGAUCUGGCUAGGGGUUUGUUUGUGAAUCCCGUUUCAAGCAUGUUCUUCUCCGUUUUCGAAUCUUCUAUCGCCGCCGCCCGUGCCUAUCGGUUUAUCGGGCCUCGUCGCGCUGUGUAUAAUAAUCCCUGCUCAUUGCUGUGCGGCUUUCUGUUGAGUUGAAUACCCGUCUGCCUGUUAUUCCCCUGCCUGUAUUGAGCCGAGCCAUUGGUCGUUAAUAGUUAUUGCGAAUCCACUCGGGCUUUUGAUAUUGAGGUU